ACUCUGGUACUUCUCCCACCUCUGCAGGUUAAUUGAACUAGAUUCCCACAGUCUGUAUUGUACUGAAUGAAAAAAAGAAUCCGGCAACAUGAAGAAAGAGCCUGAAAGAGGAAGCAGUGUAGCGGAGGUGUGGGGGCUGGUCAGAGGCUGGUAGAGAGGAGGGCCCUCCGUCAGCCCGUCCGUCGCUGCAGUGACGUGAACCAUCUUGGUCAAAUAAAGGAUCUUUGGUUCCUCAGGCAGCGCACUGAGCAGGGAGAGUUUGUUCUGCAGCAGUCAUGGCGGUGGAGCUUUACCUGGACCUUCUUUCUCAGCCCUGCCGCUCAGUUCUGAUCUUCGCGAAGAAGAACAACAUCCCGCAUGAAGUGAGGAACAUCUCGCUGAUGGACGGUGAGCAGUAUGGAGAUCACUUUGGGAAGAUAAGCCUGAUAAGAAAAGUCCCUGCUCUGCGAGAUGGAGACUUCAGCCUGACUGAAAGCCCAGCCAUCCUGCUGUAUCUGGCGCAGAAGUUUCAGACCCCAGAGCACUGGUACCCAGCGGACCUCCAGCAGCGCGCUCGCAUCAAUGAGUAUCUGUCCUGGCAGCACUGUGCCAUCCGUCUGCAUGGAUCCAAGGUGUUCUGGCUCAAGGUGGGUUCACUGACACCCUGAGGUGGAAGAAGUACU